GCCAAAGGUGCAGGACACUGUUAAGUUUAUGCCCCUUGGCCAGUUGUGAGCGUCUUCAUUGCCUACUUGCAUGUUGGUGGCUAUUGGAAAUCGUUCACUCUGUUUUCAAGCUGAUUUUACACUCGAGUUCUUACUUCCCCGCCAUCGCCUACGGUACGGCCUCAAUGGUCAUACCUACCAUCCUUCAACGCGUCUCUUCCUCUACCGCCUUGAUUACACCUCUUAUUACAACCAUCAACUUUGAGGUCUUCAUCAACUUGCCUCUUUCAGUUGUACUAACCCGGCCAUAAAGAUGUCCGAUCAGGCGAUCCUUCGUAUUACCAGGGAAAUCAAGCAAAUCCAGCAAGGCGCAGACCUAUCACUCGCUGUGUCUUAUGAAGACUCUGACAUCAGAAACGUUCGCGCCCUUAUUCUUGGACCCCCAGACACUCCCUAUCAGUUUGGGUUUUUCGAGUUCCUCAUCAAAUUCGGCAAAGAGUACCCGACAGAAGCUCCAGCUGUUCGCGCUCUGACGAAUAAUGGCGGCCAAAGUCGAUUCAACCCGAACAUCUAUGCGUCUGGGCGAAUCUGCCUAUCAAUUCUUGGAACCUGGCGCGGCGAGUCUGGAGAGCAAUGGUCCUCUGCGCAGUGCUUAGAGUCCCUUUUAAUUUCUAUCCAGAGUUUGAUGUCGUCAAACCCGUACGAAAAUGAACCUGGCUACGAAAACUCCAAUUCGUCGACUGAUAAAGAGAACAUGGAGGCUUAUGUUGCUAAGAUUCGCCAUGAGACUCUCCGCCUUGCAGUUAUCGAGCCCUUGGAGGCCUCGUUGGAUAUCAUGCCAGGGGGGAACAACGAUUUACUAGCGGGCAGGUUCUCUGAAAGCGAUGAUCAAGUUCUGUGUGACGAUGACAGGUCUUCCUCUGAACCAUUCGCAGACCUGCGUAAAAGGCGUUUCCUGUGGUAUUACGAGCCAUACAUGCAAUCUAUUGCUACUGCAGAAGCAGAACACUCCUGUAAGGCCAAGUUCCAGAGGAUGCCUUUCGAGGGAAACGGGAAUAGCAUGGACGGCCACUUCAACUAUCCCGAGCUGAGACGGCGAAUGGGGGUGAUAAAGGACACAAUCCUCAACGAAACGUACAAUUGGGCUGCAGAGGGGCUCAUAGCCAAAGAGCAAGAGUGGGGAAUUGCAGCGAGUCUUCAGCGUCAGUACGAGCAAAUUGUUGAAACCCUUAGGCAUCAGAACAACAUCACGGUUGAUCUACACCUUGUCAGAGAAAACCCAUUCGUGUGGAAGCUCACGUAUUUUGGGCGGCCCAUGACACAUUUGGACGGUGGUAUGUUCAAGGUCCUGAUCCAUGUCAGCCCUCGAUUUCCAGAAGAACAACCCCGGGUUUUCUUGGAGACGCCCUUUUACCAUAUCCGGGUGUCCAAGGAACGAGUCCUAUGCUAUGUCCCAAAGCGGACCGACGAGAUGCGGCAUCACAUCGAAGGAAUCAUUGCAUCAUUGGAGGAAGAUCAUCCCCCCUUCGACCCCCGGACGACUGUGAAUCCCGAGGCAACCAGGCUGUUCUGGGGUACACCGGAAGAUCGAAAAAAGUACAACCGGGAGUUGCGGCGAUCGGUAGCGAGGACUAUGGAAGCAUAGGGGGUUAGGCUAUCCAGAGACACGUGCAGCGGACCUCUAGAUAUCGGACUGGUAGAUGGCAAACCUAGAAUGUUCGACCUUGUUAUGCACAACCUUGCUAUUCUUUAUCGUGUGCCAUCGUUUUUCAUUUCUCCGUGCUUGAGAUCCCUGGUUGUCUAAUCCAUACGACAAUUGGUGGGUUGUAUUGCUCGGCAGCUAGGUGUCCAGGAGUUAUGGCCAGCAUUGUCCCAGCAAGACCUGAGGGGAAAAUUAUUGGAAUAUCUGGCUACAGUUGCAAUAGAG